AUGGCCGUCCUCUUCAUUCUCCUCCUCGCCACAUUCCUCCCGCGGGCUGCCCUCGCCGCCUUCUCCCCGGAGUUCUCCUUCUUCCUCGCUUGCGGCGUCUCCUCCAGCGUCUCCUUCCCGUCGGACUCUCCCGCGCGCACCUUCGUCCCUGAUUCCGCCUACCUCUCGCCCGCAACCGCCCCUUCCGCGUAUGCCAGCUCCUCGAACCCAACCCCCGCCUCCCCUUUGUACGCCGCCGCGCGUACCGACAGCUCGGCCUUCUACUACCGCUUCCCGUACCCGGCCUCCCCUUUGUACGCGUCGUCGUUCGUCGUGCUGCGCAUCCACUUCUUCCCGUUCGUCCCAGCCUCCUCCCAGCCCGUCGCCAGUCUCUCCUACGCGCGCUUCAACGUUUCGGUCCUCGACAACGCCUACUUCCUGUUGUCUAACUUCUCGCCGCCCAGCGCCGGCGUCGUCAAGGAGUUCUUUGUGCCGCGGGGUGGCUACGGCGACUUCACCAUCAAAUUCACCCCGGUCACCGGUUCCUCUGCCUUCGUCAACGCCCUCGAGCUGUUCCAGGCGCCGGCAGAGCUGCUAUGGAAUAACAAGGUGACGCCGGUGGGCUCCGUGGGGAGCAACGACCUGGCCAUGUGGCAGCAGCAGCCGCUGGAGACGGUGUACCGCCUCAACGUCGGCGGCCCAAAGGUGAGCAAGGAAAACGACACACUCUGGCGUACGUGGCUCCCCGAUGGGCCCUUUCUCCUCGGCGACUCCAGGAAGACAGUGUUGACCUCCACCUCCAGCCCCAUCGUCUUCAACCUGUCGGCCGGAUACAGCAACAACGUGGCACCGGACGUCGUGUACGAGACGCAGCGCGCGGAGAACAUGACCACCCCGGGGUGGAACUUCAACGUCACGUGGACGUUCCCGGCGGAGCCGAGAGCGAGCUACCUCGUCCGCCUCCACUUCUGCGACUACGAGAUGAUCAGCUCCGUUAUUGGAGUCGGCAUCGUAUUUAACGUUUACGUCGCGCAGGCCAUGGCCACUCAGGACCUCUCUCCGAAGGACGAGUCGAUCGUGAGCCAGUCGAACACGGCCUUUUACUUCGACUACGCGGCGAGGGCACCGAGCAAUGGUAACCUCACCGUCACAAUAGGUAGUUCGGCGACGGGCAAUACAAGCGGCAUACUGAGCGGGUUGGAGAUUAUGAAGCUGCCACACGCCGAUAUGAGCUCGCUUCGGUGGCGUGGCGAGAAAAGGAGAAUCAUGGUCAUCGCGCUCUCGGCGGUGCUCAGCGCAGCACUUCUUGCCUGCGCGGUGCUCUGCUUCUUCGUGGUGCGGCGAAGGAGACGGAGGCUGGCGGGCCAGUCGACGAGCCGGUCCAGCGAUGGCAAGACCGUCAGGAUGCAGAGGGUGAACACGACGCUGCACAUCCCACUGGCACAGAUUAAGGCCGCCACGGACAACUUCCACAAGCGCAACCUCAUCGGCGUUGGCGGGUUCGGGAAUGUGUACAAGGGUGUGCUCCCCCACAACGGCGGCACACCGGUGGCGGUGAAGCGCGCCAUGCGGGUAACGAAUCAGGGGCUGCCGGAGUUCCAGACGGAGAUCGAGCUGCUGUCGAGCAUCCGACACCGCCAACUGGUGUCACUCGUCGGCUACUGCAACGAGCAGGCGGAGAUGAUACUCGUGUACGAGUACAUGGAGAUGGGCACGCUGCGGAGCCACCUGUACGGGUCCGACGAGCCUGCUCUGUCGUGGAAGCAGCGGCUGGAGAUCUGUAUCGGCGCGGCACGGGGUCUGCACUACCUACACAACGGCCACUCGGAGAACAUCAUCCACCGGGACGUCAAGUCGACCAACAUCCUCCUGGGCGGCCGCGACGGCGGCGUGAUCGCCAAGGUGGCCGACUUCGGGCUGUCCCGGAUCGGGCCGUCUUUCGGGGAGACGCACGUGAGCACGGUCGUGAAAGGGAGCUUCGGGUAUCUGGACCCGGAGUACUUCAAGACGCAGCAGCUCACGGACCGCUCCGACGUCUACUCCUUCGGUGUGGUGCUGCUCGAGGCGCUCUGCGCGCGGCCGGUGAUCGACCACGGCCUUGACCAGGACGAGAUCAACAUCGCAAACUGGGCGAUGAGGAUGCACAGGGAAGGGCAGCUCGACAGGGUCGUCGACGCAAGGAUCGCCGCCGAGGUGAACGACAACUCGCUGCGCAAGUUCGUCGAGACCGCGGAGAAGUGUCUCGCGGACUGCGGCAAGGAUCGGCCGACCAUGGGCGAAGUUGUGUGGAACCUCGAGUUCUGCCUGCAGCUGCAGGAAAUGCCCCUCAACACGGACGCGUUCGAGGACAGCGGUGCCGUCACCACGCAUAUCCCCGUCGACGUUGUUGCUCCGAGGUGGGUGCCGCCGUCGAUGAGCUUGUCGAUGGACCAGGCGCAGGCGGACGAGACGGUCAUGAGAAUCACAGACAUCCCCGGCAGCCAGGUGUUCUCCCAGCUCGACGCUCGUGGCGACGGACGAUGAGUUCGUACGGCCAUC